GCAUUCUGAAUUAUGAAGGUCACGCAAAUAAAACUCCCAAAACUGUCUGUCGGUCAGUGCGGGCGGUCGUUCAUUCGCAUUCGCUGCGUGUUAUCAUAUCACUUGUACUGUUGGCAAACGAGGGUAACCUAGCCGUGAUUAUCAGCUGUUAGUCUACCUGCUUCUCACAUUAUCACUAGGCAACAGUGGCUCUCUUCGGUCGAUAGUCUCUGGCAGCAACAAUUACAGUUCAGUGCAUUUUUCAAUUACCUCCAAUCCACUAUGCUAUCAAAAACUAUUGACCGAUCGAUUCUACGACUGUACUCUGUUACAAAUAGUAAUGUAAGAGCUAACAAUUCAACCAUUAAACCGGCCAUCAGAGCCUACACCCAGGAUGCUAAAAGACAGUACGAUAUUGUCGUGGUGGGAGGUGGAAUCGUCGGAACGGCUUCGGCUCGGGAGAUCUUACUGCGCCACCCGUCGCUAAAGGUGGCCAUAGUCGAGAAGGAACACAAACUGGCCUUCCACCAAAGUGGCCACAACAGUGGUGUGAUACACGCUGGAAUCUAUUAUAAGCCGGGAUCGCUGAAGGCAAAACUGUGCGUCGAAGGUCUUCAUUUGAGCUAUAAAUACUUCGACGAAAAGAAUGUCCCAUAUAAGAAGGUCGGGAAAUUAAUUGUGGCAACGAAUGAGGUUGAAGUGGGCCGAUUGAACGAUCUCUACCAACGCUCACUCGCUAACAAUGUUCCCGACGUCGAAGUGGUUGAUGCGAAGCGCAUCAAAGAAAUCGAACCGUACUGCAAUGGGUUGAAAGCAAUUUGGUCCCCGCACACGGGAAUCGUUGACUGGGAACUUGUGACACAGUACUACGCCAAGGAUUUCAAACAAGCCGGCGGUGAUGUCCAUCUCAAUUUUGAAGUUUCAAAAUUCGAGGAAACAAAAGAUCCCAACUAUCCCAUCGCAGUCAGAAGUAAGAAGAACAAUGUGGUUCAGUCAAAAUAUAUUCUCACGUGUGGCGGUUUGCAGUCGGAUAAGGUGGCCGAAUUAACUGGGUGUUCAUCGGUUCCAAAGAUCGUUCCAUUCCGCGGAGAAUAUCUGCUGCUGAAUCCCGACAAAUGCCAUAUGGUGAAAGGAAACAUUUAUCCAGUGCCAGAUCCAAGAUUUCCAUUCUUGGGCGUUCAUUUCACUCCGCGAAUGGACGGCAGCGUUUGGCUGGGACCUAACGCGGUGUUAGCAUUUAAACGUGAAGGGUACAAGUGGAGUGAUGUCAACGUUUUCGAGUUGGCUGAUGCCCUGAAGUUCCCCGGUUUUAUCAAGAUGGCACUAAAGUACGUUGGAGCUGGAUUGCAGGAGGUAGCUAGGUCAGCCUUAAUUCCGCUGCAGGUCAAGGAACUGCAGAAAUUUAUUCCCGAAGUCCAGGAAUACGAUGUUCAGCGAGGACCAGCUGGAGUGCGAGCACAAGCGCUCGAUAUGGAUGGCAAUCUAGUUGAUGAUUUCGUAUUCGAUCACGGCAAAGGUGAGAAUGCCCUUGCCAAGAAUAUUCUGCACUGCCGCAAUGCGCCGUCGCCUGGUGCCACAAGCUCACUGGCAAUCGCGAAAAUGAUUGCCGAUAAAAUCGAAAAUCAAUUUAAUAUUAAGUAGGUUAGCUCAUGAAUGUUAUUUAUUUAUAAAGUUAAAAAGUUAAAAACGCGGGUAAUUGUUAUUUUUUCAACAACGAAUAAGAUGAAAAACAAUAUUGCUUUUUGACAAUA